UAUUCGGGUGUGUUAUUUGGUGUCCGUGCCACUGUGAACUAAUGUUAAACAAAAGAUUAAUUAACGUGUGUGUUUAAAAACAGUUUGACGAGGUGACAAACGGAUAUGUGCUAGUUGACUUCCGUGCACGUCCCGAAACGGAGUUACGAUGGCUGUUCACCUUCACUUGCUGCUGGUAGCUAUCGUGCCCGUACUAGCAGAAAUCGAAAUGGAGUUCACAAAGUAUCCUGAAUCGGUAGCGGCCCCGGUUGGUGAUGAAGUCACCUUCGAGUGUGCCGUCAGAGUUCCAGGAGAACGUCUACAGUGGAGGUGGAAGGCUGCUGAUGGGGACUGGAGGCAGUGGAAGGAGAUACCAGCACGGGAUAAUGACGGAGUGUCCACCAAGCUGGUUGUGGAUAUCAAUGAGAAUAUGGUUGAUGGCUUAUACCAGUGUGUAAUAUGGUACGGCGCAAUUAGCCUGGUAUCGAUACCAGCAAAGCUGUCCAUUGCCAGACUGGACAUAACCCAGAACACGCCAGAGAAACGGGUGAUCACUGCACCAUUGUACAACACCGUGGUACUGCAUUGUAAGGAGCCGAAGUCUGAACCGCCGGCAGUGUUGAGCUGGUGGAAGGAUAAUGGCAAGGGCUCUCGCAAGCAACUGGACACACCGCACGGUGUGCUAGUCAUCCACAACGUGACAGUUGCUGAUGAUGGCACCUAUGGAUGUGCCGCUACCAACGAGAUAAGCGGGCAAAGUAUCGACCUUCCCGAGAGGACCUAUUUGAGGGUGCAGCAUGAGGGAAAUGGUGGAGCCAGAUUUCUAGAAACAGAAGAAUACGUUGGUAAAUACGAGAAAGAAGUUCUCAUAGCGCCAGUGGGUCCUGAUGAUGGACUGCGGCUCUGGUGUGGGGCAGUGGGCACUCCUCCGCCGAAGGUCACUUGGAGUAAGGAGGGAUCACCGAGCCUCCCUCGAAGACAUGACCACACUCUCACAGUAUCACCGUUUACUACAGAAGAUGAGGGCAUAUACUCGUGUUCAGCGAAUGGGAUUCGUCGUUCUUGGAAGGCGAUUUCCCUACAACCACCGCAUUGGGAAGGCUCAGCUGGAAGUGUGAACGCAAGCGAAGGCGGAAGUGCGCAUAUUGCUUGUGGGAGACUGUAUGGUCAACCACCUCCAGCAGUCCAUUGGAUUCUGAACGCGGAAGUCAUUGAAAGUGGGAAGGGAGUUAGGGCUACUGACUCGGAUCUCUACAUAGACCACGUUGAAAAGCGUCAUGCCGGAAUCGUCCAAUGUUUUGCGUGCAACGAAUUAGGAUGCGCAUACGACGCUGCCAUGCUUACUGUUGUUCCUGUGCAGAUAUCAGAACAGGAUUACACAGCAGACAUUCCCAAAUCUAUGCACAUAUCCCAACCUCCGAAGAAACACAACAGAAAAAACUCCAGAAAGAAUAAAGCGGUCCUUAUAGCUCCUACUCGACCGAAUGUGACAAGACUCUCUGAUGAAAGAGUAAUGGUUUCUUGGACACAUUCGAAACACGGCCUGCCGAUACGGUUUUUCAAGGUUCAAUACAGGGAGGUGACGAAUUCUUCGAAUGUGAAUUGGAAAACUGCCACCGAUGAGAUCAAGUCGUCUACAAACUCGUAUGAGAUCAGUGGACUACUGCCAGAUAAGUACUACAAAUUCCGCAUAGCAGCUGUUUAUUCGAACCAGGACAACAAGUUAGGACGAAGCAGUCCCAAGUUCUAUUUGCGGCGUGGAGGGUCUGGGACCCGUCCACGAACACCGAACAUCGCUAUGGCGGUCGCGUUGUCACCUCAUAGUUUAUACUUGAAUUGGACCUGGUCAAGCGAGGGUGGCGUGGAGGCGGAAGGUUUCUACGUGUACUUCCGAGCGGUAUCCUCGGCCGGGGCAUAUGAAAAGGUAAAUGUCGACGGCUCCGCUCGUAGCUUGUCUAUCUCACAUCUUGCGCCGGACACGGCCUACGAGCUCAAACUGCAGGCUUAUACUACGCAGGCGCCUUCAGGCUUCAGCUCUAGAUUAGUUGCGAAAACUCUGAGAGCUGCAACAACCGAACCGACAACUACCGUGUCUCCGAGUGAGGAUGUCAAAGAGGAGGGUCCCACCACGUUGGUUACAGCUGGUGGGAUAGUGGGGGCGACAGCUUUGUUGCUCAUACUUGCUGUUACCUUGCUGUUGUGUAAGCGCAGCCGGCGGCCAGCGUCAAAAGAGAAAGGUUCGGCUGAGGGCGGUGGAAACGGCUAUAUGCCGGCCAAAGUGCCCAUCACCAUUACAGCUAACCCGAUGCACACUGAGGGCGAAGCUGGCGUGGAAAUGUCGUUCCUUCACAAUAACAAUUGCGGGAAUAACGGCACCAACGAUGACACCCUCCCACAUUCAAGGAAAAAUGGACCUUCGAGGCAAUACGUAUAAGGUUAAAAUAAGACUGUAUAUGGUACCGACAGUGUAUCAGGCAUUUUUUGAAAUGCCUAAGCAAACUUGGUAAUGCAAAAUUUCCAUCACGGCAAUAUAUCUGUAUCAAAAGUGGAACAAAAAAAAUAGUUAGUAAUAGAAAAUUAAUAGAUUUUUUCAUCCUGAUGUCAUCGAUAUGUUCAUAUUUAAUGUAGUCCAGUAGGACCAUUGACACAUUGACACACACGCAAAAAUGAUUACAUGAGUAAUUUAACUACUUUUACGGCUAAAUUCGAAAAUUAUUUCGGCGAAAACUGAUGUUAUGUAAUACGCCAUGGACACUCAAUUGCCGGAAGGUUCGCAAGUGCGUUACCGGCCUUUUAACAAUUUGCCUCUUUUACAUUAUAAAAUACAUUUUUAUGUAGUGUAUUUGUAUGUGUUUAGGUAUUGCAUAGAAUACCAGAUUAUACACAUUGUCGGUAACUACUUAAGACUAUUUUGAUAGAAUUUCGAAAUAAGGGGUUUAAAAUGUGAUAGCGAUGUGCACGGUCUUUGACAGUACAAAAAUAUAUUUAUUAUAGUUAAGGAGUGAAUGUUUAGCGUAAAUAUCUAUGGACCGUUUUGAACCUAGCAGACUCAUUAAAUCUCUAAUAAGAUUUAUGCCUAGUACAUUAACGACUAAUUCGUCUUAAGUGACUGUAAAAUCUUAUAGAAUAGAUGCGAAGUUCAAAUAAGUUCUAUAGAGUCGUAAUUUAUGAUUAGUUAAGAAUAGCAAUAUUUUAUAUAAUUCAUAAAACUAUUUGUAUUUGUCUUUUGUCUAUGGAAUUUAAAUUUUAAAAUCGGUAUUAUCGCAGAUUAUAGUUACCAUGGUUACAUGAUACAUGGCAACAGAACAUACAAUGUUAACUUUAAUCCUCGAUUUAUUAUAACAUGCGUUUAAUGAUCACAAUUGUAUGUGAAAUGGAAAAUAAAACUUGUGCUUACGCUUUGAUUUAACAUGAGCAGUUUCUUGAGAUUCUUUCGAGACAUUACUUGAGAUUACAGGAGACCAUCGUUCGAUUGUCAAAAUAAAAAUUGUAAGACGAAACGAUGACGCUUUCACGAAACACGAUCCGGCGUUCGAUUUUCAAAAUUUAAAAUGUUUUGUCCAACGAAACGAUGACACUGCAUGCGACCCGUCGUUCUAUUUUCAAAAUUCAAAAUGUUACAAGAAACGAUAACGCGUAGCUUGGUCGUGUUUUGGCAAGGAACACGAUACGUCGUUCGAUUUUUAAAAUUCAAAAUUAACGAACAAUUCACUUGACUGUGAUCUAUAAUCCAACCACAAACAGGCGACACGUCGUACGUUUCACCAAUCGUUUUAUCUCUUCAUAUAUAUAUGUAACUUUAUGUAGCUUUUUCUAGAUCUGACAUUAGUCAUAAGCGACAUUCCUGGUAAAUGCAUAGUAAAUGGUGGAAUGUGAUUUAUUGACGCUCAUUUCAAUAAGCGAUUUCUCGACAGCUGCGGUUGGGUGAAAUUUUUAUAUGAAAACUUUACGUUUCAAAUAUUUUUAAAAAUAACUUUUCAAAUUGUAUGUUGUUAUAGUUAUCACAUUUUCUACGAUUUAGGGAUUCAUAUAAUUUAUUUGUUGGAUACAGAGAGGCCAGUGCAGCGUACUGGAGGAAAAUGGAGCCUACGUCCAGAAAUGAACCUCAUAAAGUUGAUGAUGAUCAUAGUUCCUUUAGUUUGACAAAUAAAAUAUUUGACUGAAAUUUUAUGAAUUUAACAGUGAACUUACACUAUUAGACAUCUGUAUCAAUGUUUGUGUGGUUUAGUAAUCUCAGUAACAACAGGUUCAUCAUUUUUUUACCAUACGAAGGAAAUGAAUCUUCGAAACAUUGUUACAAGGGAUUCGAACCCCACAAGCUUCCGCUUAGCUACUAGUUAACAAGUUUCACUACAUUAUUUGUACAUAAGGGUCUUCAGAGUCGAGACUUAGUGAAAUCUCGAAUCUACACUUAAGAUCCUAGAAUAUAUGAUAACUUUCGCAACGAAGACAAGUUAACGAAAUAUGGCUUUAUUCGGCAUCGUACUUAAUUAGUAUAAAUGCAUUUAUUGUUGUGUGAACAAAUGGGUUGUGAAUGAAGCAUAUUGCAUUGAAUCAAUUACUAUUUGAAACAUAUAUAUGUUAUAUGUAAUAAUGCCAUUGUUCAAAAAUAUUGUAUGAAUCUAACUUUGGCUGUAUUAAAUUAAUACACAGUAAAUUUCAUAUUCCGUCACUUGAUUUAACGUCUAGCUAACCUAAAACGUGUAAUAACUCCCUUUAGAGUUUCUAUUGUGUUUAAUAAAUAUUCCUUCCUCAAAUUCCGGCAACGCAUCCAUUAAAAUGAGAGUUCAUGAUUUGCGGUAACUGCAUUCUGAUGGCCGGUUGCCUAUAAAAAAAUAAUGUUGUAUACAGAUAUUGAAAAUGAAAAAUAAAUAGAGAAAUAGAAAACAAAUUCUGAAGAUAUGAGCAUUUUUAUUUAAUUUUUAUUUAUUUACACAAUUUGUCCGAAGCUCAAACCACGUAACUCAUUGUAAAACUAGAACGACCCUGUAAUAAUAUUAUUAACUCGUACAGACGACAUUCGAAUAUAUUUAAAGUCGGGAAGUAAAUUACAAUGGCCGUUUGCAUUUGUAAUUUACAAAUGGUGAUAACUUUGAAACUCACUUCUGUACAAAUUCUAUAUAAGUCGAUCAAUUCGACAUUAAGAUUACAUUAAGUCGUCGAGCGACUUUUUCCGUGACGUACAGAUGACACUUUACGGGCGUAUUCUCUUAUUUCUAGAUUGAUGUUUUAUCAAAAGUGUUCAAUCGCAAAGAAUCGCGUGAAAUUCAACUUAUCAAGUAUUUAAAAGUAUACGAAAGCAAACACUUUACUCAACUGGUCUGCAGAGCAUGAAGUGUGACCUUGGAGCUUCUGUGAAGCCCUUUAGGGUUUGAUUUUAUCUCGGUUCAUAUUUGUUUUAGUAGCGCUGACCUUUGCCUAUUUUUUACUGUUAAAAGCGGUCAAGAUUGUGUCCGAUUGUGUAGAAUGUAUUAUGCUACACUUUAAAUUAAGUAACUACAUACUGAAGCUUUGUAACAAGUACUGACUGAUAUUUAACUUAUCCUACUCUGUCCACAAUUUGUACAUGGA